UGGUGCUGCUUGGAAUGGGCGAGAUGGAGUGAUAGGAGAGGUAGGCGACACCCUUGGUACAAACGGCACCCAUGGCGCUGAGCUUGCGGGCGGCGCCCAUGGGGCUAGCCAUGCAGGCAACUUCCAUGUCAUUGGGUUGUGUGUCUCAGCUGACGGCGGUAACUCCGGGGAGCAUGUAGGCAAGUCUAUUGGCAUUUAG